AGGGAGGGAGAAGUCUGAGAGGGAGGGGGAGAAUAUGGGGAGGAGAGCGAGCAGCAGUGCGCAGGCUGCAGAGCCCUCCCAGAGAAGGAGGGGGGAGAAAAGGCCUGGGGUUUGGCAGCUCAGGGAUCACUGGUGACCGGGGAGAGCAGUUUGGGUGGGCCGGUGAGGGGGAAGCCAGCCUGGAAGGGAUUAAAGAGAGAGGAGAGGGAGCAGAGGCCCAUGGGAGAGCAGACUAGACCCAGGACAUCAGUGCCGGCUUCUGGGGCAUCUCUGGUGUGGAGAGCCAGUCUGGGCGCGGUCUGGCUGCUCCCUUUGUACAGGGAACAGGCCCGAGGGGGCCUGAGGCGGGCGGGCCAGGCUCUGUCCCAUCAGCCCUUUGGCCCUAAGGAGCCAAGAGGCCAACAGAAGGAAGCCAGGCGGGGAUCCUCGUCCCCUGCACCAGGAUGGUCAGAAUCCUGUAGGAGGCCUGAGCCAUGCCAGGGAGGGCAGUGGGGGAGGGGAGGCCACACGCAUUUAUUUAGCUGCUUGACAAAGAGCUUUUGAGGCUGGAUUUGAACCCCAGGCCUUGCUCGGGCUGUGCACUGCUCUUUGGGCUGGGACUCCGGGUUCGUUUCGCUCUCCUGACCCUACGUGGGGAGCCCCCAGGGCUUGAAGGCUGGAGAAGCCAGCGUGCAGGCGGGGCUUAAUCAUUGCUUGUACCUAGAUCUAAGGGGAGCCUCCUAUCAAGCUUCGGCCCAGUAUUCAGGCUGCCUGGGGAAAGCUGAGGGGGAGCUUGCCUAAAGGCAUCACCCCCCCCCCCCGUUACUAUGGAGACGGGAGCCGCUACCGCUACUGCGGCUGCUGUUUGGUCUCCCGAUUGCCUUCCCUGAGCCUAGCUCUGUAGGACUCCAUUUCCCAGAAGCCCUGAGGCCCUCUUGGGAAGUGACGUAACCCGGAGGGGGAGGAAACGCGGCCCUCGGGCAAUGCUGGGAGUUGUAGUUUGUGCUUCCGUGAGCGCAGGCGCAGUGCAUUGGGAGGCCCAGCGCGGUCGGAUUUGUCCAGCUCUGGACUGGCUGGGGGUGAGUCCGGCCCCGCCCCGGGGCGGAGGAGGGACGGGGGUGGGGGGUGGGAGGGGGGCUGCAUUGGGUGCGUGUGUGAGCGUCACUUUGCCCCGGCGGUCCACGGGGAGGCCUCUCCCCCUUCCUGCCUCUCCCUGCCUCCUCGUGCUCCUCCUGUGUGCCUGUCCCUCUUGGCUGCUUCCAGCCUUCCUUGAUGUCCCCCCUAAAGCCCCUCUUCUGGGAAGCCCUCCCUGAUCGCCGACUGGGGCCCCCCAGGGCGGGGGACAAGCACUAAUUAAGGGCCCACUUUGUGCCCCCACCCCCGGGAGAAGGUUCAAGAGGAGGGAGAGUCUGAGGCCGGCUGGGAAGUGAGAGCCUCGGAAGCCCCCCCUUCCUCUCCCCCUCUUCCCCUCCCCAGCCUGGCGCUUCUUGGCGGCCAAAGGGUUGGCGGUGGGAGAUGAUACCCCAAGAGAGGGGAAGCCCUUUGAGGGCAGGCUUUAGCCCCCUCUGGCCUCAGCCUUCUUAUCUGUGAAAUGGGAAGGGGGGGGGCGGACUGGAGUGGCCACAGACAGCAGAGAAGAGCACCCCUCACCCCUGGAGAGCAGGGCCUGCCUGGGGCUCACCUUUGAAGGGAGAAGCACUGCCUGUGCAAAGGCCUGGAAAUGGGAGCUGAGGAAUGGCAGGAAGGCCGGUCUGGCUGGUGUGCGGAGGGGCUGAUGGAGAGCCAUCCUGGCCGCCCCAGGGAGGAGUAGAGGGGCUGCUGAGCUCUUCCCUUCCCCUCCUAGAACUCCAGGCCUCUGGGGCUUUUUCUAGCCCCUUACCCCACCCCCAGGACUCUGCCAGGGCCUGGCCCCAUCUCUGAUGGGGGGGCACUGCAGCCAGGCGGCCCCCCUUCAUGGCAGCUGCUCUGGGGCUGGGUUGGUCACAUUACUGAGUGGGGGGCCUGAGUGCCCUGGAAGUUCUUUGUGGGCCAAGGCUCCCCCCAAGGGGCCCUAAAGCCUGAGCUCGUAUUGAGCUGGAAGGGGGGGGUCUCCAAGAGCCCCUCAAGGCUCUGCUCCCUCCUUGCCUCCUUGGUCCCUGCCAGCCAGGCACACUGGCGCCUUUUCUCAGUUUCAGGUGGGCCACUGGGGAGAUCUCCAAGCCCAGCACACAGCCAGAGCAGACACUGGAGGGUUCCCUGCGGGGAGGGGAGCCCCAGAGGUAGACUUAGAAAGCCCUGGCUGUGGGGAGAGGCUCUGCCAUGGGUAGGCUGAGAAGCCCUGAGGACACUGCGGAGAGAAGCCCCAGGAGUGGGUCUGCAGGAAAGCCUAGGCCAGGCUCCUUCUUGUCCUGCCCCUCCUCUGCCUUGGGAUGAGACCUGGAUCUGGAGUUACGGACUGUGACCCACUGGGGAAGCGGGGAGAAAUGCAGACAAUGGGGGAGAGUUCUGAGGGAGGCUCAGAGCGGGCAGAGAGGAAGGGGGCAUCCCAGGCCCUGGCUCCUUGUUCCUGAAGGGCUGGCAGGCUGCCGUCUCGGGAAGGGUCCCAGGGGUGGACAACAAAGGGGGGCUCCAGUGAGGCCAGGGAGACAACUGCACUGUCCCCUGCUUCCAAGAAGGCUGCCUUGGGAAGCGUGCCUGGGGUUCCCGAGACUGACUCUCUCUCUCUCUCUCUCUCUCUCUGUCUCUGCCUGUCUCUCUGUCUCUGUCUGUCUGUCUGUCUUGUCUCCUCCUCCCUCCCUCUCCCCCCUUAUCUACCUUACCAGGUCCUGGCUCUGAGGUAACUAAGGAAGGGCUGGGCAAUUGAGGUGACUUGCCUAGGGUCACACAUCUAGGAAGUAUCUGAGGCCCCAUUUGAAUCCAGGACUUCCUGUCCCUAGACUUGGCCCUCAGGACUCAAUACUGGGCCCUCUUCUCUCUGUACUCCUUCACUUAGUGAAUUCAGCUCCCUGGAUUGAAUGAUUAUCUCUGCUGAUGAGCCUCAGAUCUACCUUUCCUGCCCUGGAAGUCCAAGAGACAUCAAACUCAACUUGUCCAAAACAGAACUCAGCUAUUCCCCAAGCUCCACCCCUUCUCUUUUAUUGUACAGGGCACCCCCAUCCUCCCAGACCUCAGGAUCACAACCUAGGAGUCAUCCCUGGAGUCCUCUUUUUCUCUCAUCCCCCAGAUCCAAUGUGUUGUCAAGGCUUGACCUUUUCACCUCUGCAGCAUCUUUGGCCUAUUUAACUUCUCCAGCAGCCUUGGUCCAUUUCACCUCCCAGCAUCUCUGGUCAAUUUCACUUCCCAGCAGCCCUGGUCCAUUUCACCUCCCAGCAGCCCUGGUCCAUUUCACCUCCCAGCAGCCUUGGUCCAUUGCACCUCCCAACAGCCCUGGUCCAUUUCACCUCCUAGCAUCUCUGGUCCAUUUCACCUCCCAGCAGCCCUGGUCCAUUUCACCUCCCAGCAGCCCUGGUCCAUUUCACCUCCCAGCAUCUCUGGUCCAUUUCACCUCCCAGCAGCCCUGGUCCAUUUCACCUCCCAGCAGCCCUGGUCCAGUUCACUUCCCAGCAUCUCUGUCCAUUUCACCUCCCAGCAGUCCUGGUCCAUUUCACCUCCCAGCAGCCUUGGUCCAUUUCACCUCCCAGCAGCCCUGGUCCAUUUCACCUCCCAGCAGCCCUGGUCCAGUUCACUUCCCAGCAUCUCUGUCCAUUUCACCUCCCAGCAGUCCUGGUCCAUUUCACCUCCCAGCAGCCUUGGUCCAUUUCACCUCCCAGCAGCCCUGGUCCAUUUCACCUCCCAGCAGCCCUGGUCCAUUGCACCUCCCAGCAGCCCUGGUCCAUUUCACCUCCCAGCAGCCCUGGUCCAUUGCACCUCCCAGCAGCCCUGGUCCAUUGCACCUCCCAGCAGCCCUGGUCCAUUUCACCUCCCAGCAGCCCUGGUCCAUUUCACCUCCCAGCAUCUCUGGUCCAUUUCACCUCCCAGCAGCCCUGGUCCAUUUCAUCUCCCAGCAGCCCUGGUCCAGUUCACUUCCCAGCAUCUCUGUCCAUUUCACCUCCCAGCAGUCCUGGUCCAUUUCACCUCCCAGCAGCCUUGGUCCAUUGCACCUCCCAGCAGCCCUGGUCCAUUGCACCUCCCAGCAGCCCUGGUCCAUUGCACCUCCCAGCAGCCCUGGUCCAUUGCACCUCCCAGCAUCCCUGGUCCAUUUCCCCUCCCAGCAUCUCUGGUCCAUUUCCCCUCCCAGCAUCUCUGGUCCAUUUCCCCUCCCAGCAGCCCUGGUCCAUUUCCCCUCCCAGCAGCCCUGGUCCAUUUCACCUCCCAGCAGCCCUGGUCCAUUUCCCCUCCCAGCAUCUCUGGUCCAUUUCACCUCCCAGCAUCUCUGGUCCAUUUCACCUCCCAGCAGCCCUGGUCCAUUUCACCUCCCAGCAGCCCUGGUCCAUUUCACCUCCCAGCAGCCCUGGUCCAUUUCACCUCCCAGCAGCCCUGGUCCAUUUCACCUCCCAGCAGCCCUGGUCCAUUUCCCCUCCCAGCAGCCCUGGUCCAUUUCACCUCCCAGCAGCCCUGGUCCAUUUCACCUCCCAGCAUCUCUGGUCCAGUUCACUUCCCAGCAUCUCUGUCCAUUUCACCUCCCAGCAGCCCUGGUCCAUUUCCCCUCCCAGCAGCCCUGGUCCAUUUCACCUCCCAGGAGUCCUGGUCCAUUUCACCUCCCAGCAUCUCUGGUCCAGUUCACUUCCCAGCAUCUCUGUCCAUUUCACCUCCCAGCAGCCCUGGUCCAUUUCCCCUCCCAGCAGCCCUGGUCCAUUUCACCUCCCAGGAGUCCUGGUCCAUUUCACCUCCCAGCAUCUCUGGUCCAGUUCACUUCCCAGCAUCUCUGUCCAUUUCACCUCCCAGCAGCCCUGGUCCAUUUCACCUCCCAGCAGCCCUGGUCCAUUUCACCUCCCAGCAUCUCUGGUCCAUUUCACCUCCCAGCAUCUCUGGUCCAUUUCACUUCCCAGUAGCCCUGGUCCAUUUUACCUCCCAGCAGCCCUGGUCCAUUUCGCCUCCCAAUAUCUCUAGUCCAAUUCCCCUAUGCAACAUUUCUCCAAUGCUCCCCCUUCUCUCCUCUGAUUCUUCCCCCACCCUGGUGCAGGUCCUUGUCACCUCACACCUGGACCAUGGCAAUAGCUACUGCAGAGUCUGCCCGCUUCAAGUCUUCUCCCUCUUCUAAGCCAUCCUCUAUUCAGCCCCAAAGUGGCUAUCUUAAAACACAGGUCUGAUUAUGUCACCUGCACCUGAUGCAAGUCCAGUGGCUCCCUAUCACCUCCAGGAGUAAAGGGAAAAUAGUCUGUCAUUCAGAUCUCCUACCACCCAUCUGAUCUUCACUCACCUCACUCCCCAACAUAUCCUCUCUGAGCAGGUGAGCCUGGCCUCCUGGCUGUUCCACACAUAAGACCCUGCAUUUCUCAGCUCUAGGCAUCCUCUGAUCUCUCCUAUUCCAACUGCUGCCCUCCCUGGCUUUUUCUGGUUCUCUUGGAGUCUAGUACCUCCCUUCGUUGAACGUUUCCUAUUCAUCCUGGCUAUGGUGUGCUAGGUGCAUUUGUUUGCCUAGUUUCUUCUCCCUACUUGAAGGCUGCAGGGACCGUCUCCGGGGCUUAGCACACAGCAGAUGCUUAAUAAGUGUUUACCCUCCGCUGGAUCUGGCACUCCGUGCUCCUGGGCAUAGCCUCUCCCUAUGUGUAACAUACCAGGCAUGGAAGUAUGAUUGAUGUAUUAAAUACUUGAUCAGAUCAGUUAAUGAUCAAUGUAUAGACAGUUCUUAGGGCAGGAGAAUUCCUGAGCUUGAGCCACAAAGGCUUAGCCCUCACCUGGUCGGACCUCAUUCCUCUGAAAAGCUCAUGUCAGGGGAAUCCCCACCUCCUCUGAUCUUGUCAUUGUCAAUUCAACCAAUGUUAAGACCUAUGUGCUAGGUUACGUAUUCAUUGAUCACCUCUCAAUCCACAAUAAAUGCUGGGGUGAGGCUUGCUAUUCUCCCUCUUGAUUCCUGCCACCUUGGAGUUCUUCCUUCUAUCUCUCCUUAUCUUUCCUAGCUCCACUCUUGACCACGUGCUGUCUAUCUCGGAAUUCUUACUUCCACAUGUUCUCUUAUUUCUCAUGUUUUCCUUUAAUUAAUUUUCAAAGGAAAAUAUUAUUAGGAGCAAGCUCCGCUCCCCAUAUCAAUUAACUUGUCCUUGAGACUUUAUUUAUCACCCAUCUUCCUCAGACUCCUUCCUCCUUCUCAAGUUAUAUCCCACAAAGGAAAAUAAUAUAGCAACCGCUGGACGGACUGCUAUAUUUGGCACCCCAGCGUGGGACACAAGGCGCUAAAAUCAUGAUCACAUCUCACUUGAGGAGAAUUCGUGGACGUGGCUGGAGUCUGGAUGCAGAACCUGUGCUUGGCCAGCAAGGCAACGUGCUGUUUGUUUAAGAAAUGGGUUAAACUUUCUCUAUAUUCGGUUUUAAUUGAAAAGAGAGGCACUAAGAUCUCAGAGGCUAAGAUCAAAGCAUUGCUUACAAGUUAAUUGGAGCACGUGGAACAUUGUACAAAUGGCAUUAAAUACAGAGCCAUUACAGUAUUCCAAUGAUAUGGGAGGAAAAGCUUUACAAAUGCAAGUUGCUUCUUUUCACAUCCUGCUCCUCCCCCCAGUAAGGCUGCAGAUGGCCCCUACAGAAAAAGGAGCAGAGUUUUUAGCCUGCCCUGUAGUACUCAAAACUCUUAAAGCGAUCAUUUUAAAUGGGUAGAAAAAAGCAGGUAAACAGCUUCUCCAACAAAAAUUAGAGAUGAUUCAGAAAGUGCAGACGUAGAUUUAGCACAGCCUAAGGGUGUUGAACUCCUAACUCCUGAAGAAAUUUAAAGUAGGGUAAUUCAGUAGGAUAGUGAAGCUCUUUUAACUAAGGACUACGGGGCUAGAGAAGGCCAGCAAGUUCUAAGGCCAGCUCAUUGGUAUCAAUUGAAUUGAAGUUUAUUGCAAGAGAUUUCUCAAGUUAAAAACUGCUUAUUUCAGAAGUGAUGCCAGGAACAAGCUAAAAAUCAUGAGGGAAUACAUGUGCCCCUUCUCUGUCAGGAAUUAUCGCACAGGUACAUUUUGAAGGCUUGAGAGGCAGUUGUUAUACGCAGAACAAACCUUUACCUUUAGUCCUGAAGAAUCUGGAUGCAGUUUAGCCUAAAAGGAGGAACAUGUGUUUGCUUGGCCUCCAGCCAAGCUGUCCACGUCAAAGGAUCAGGUCAGUUUACAGCAGAGCACAGAUGGUCUCUUACGUUUUUCUACUGAGACCACAGGCCUAAGCAACAUUGGUACAUCGAUGAAAUCAUCCCGAUUCCCUUAAAAUUCAGAACAACAAAGAAAAGGCUAGUUAAAACAAAGACAUUUUCCCCUCAAGCGGAUGGCCAAAGCAAUGAACUUUGCUCUGUGCAGAAGAACUGGGCACAAUUUUAGCAUAUCAAAAGGGGGUCUGGGAAACUCUUUGAAGCACUCCCAGAGAAUCCAGACACACGAUUGUGUAAAAGCAAAAGGGUAAAACAUCUAAAUCUAAAAGAUCUUUGCAAAAGGAUUAAGUUACCGUGAACUCCGAUUUAAAGGUAUAUAGCUCAAGUUUAGAUUUGUGACAAGGAAAUCCCUUUAAAAGACUGAUAUAUAUUAAUUUAAGGUCACUGAGGAAUUCAGCUAUGUAAUUCCUAAAUGAAAACUCAAGUCAGCAGUCAACCUUUUAUGGAGUUUUUAAUUACAAACAGGAGGAAGAAAGUAUUAGAGAUAGAGACACAGAGAGAGAGAGAGACAGAGAGAGAGAGGGAGAGAGAAAGGGGAGAGAAGGGAAUAGGGCUUAAAUACCCCCUCUGUUUAGGCUGAGCCAAAGGCCCAAGCCCUUAGAUAGCUGAGGCAAAGAAAAGAGAUCAGUCCCUAUCACUCACGUGACCAAAAUGGAGAAACAGUCUCAGGGGCCUCCACCUCCAGCCUCCUUCAGAGCAAGCUUCUCAGAGCACAACCUCUCAGAGCAAAACCUCUCCAACCACCCCCUCAGUCCUCAGACCCCGCUAUCUUUAAGGAAACCAUCCAAGUUCCCUCCCCUCAGUUCUCACAUCUACCAAUCACUGUCUAUGUCUUCCCUGUGCCAAUGGUGGCUCUAGCUUAACCCAGGACCGCCCAGAGGUCUGUGGCUUUGCACAUGUUUGUUGAAGGUCAUAUUCUCAAAUAAUUAAAUCUUGAUCCUUUGCUGCAGCCCUUCCUAAAUCCUGUUAGGACUGAGUAGGGUGGAGAUUGUAAGUUCCAAGACUUGGUUCUGUCAUUCCGACUUUCUCUAUUGUAUGAAUUCUAAAAUCAAUCAUGACUCAAAGAACUUCCUGUUCUAUGCUUAAGCAUAGGUCAAAGCCCUUUCCAUUGUUCAGCAAAAGGUUUCUGUCCUAAAGCAGUCCCAAGUAGGGAGGAGAAGGAUCCUCCCAUGCCAAGGGGGUUCUUACUAUCAGUAGGAAAUUUUUUCCAGUUGUAAGACUCUAUGGCUUACAAGACUCAUCCACAGGGUCAGCCAGUCCUGUGACAUCCUGCUUGGGGUAACGAAAAAUGAAGAGUAACAAAAGAAGAGAUGGACACUAUAUGAAAAGAGAGAAAUAGUGCCCAUUUUAUUUGCUUCACCCAGAACUUUUAUAGGCAAAGACUACUUAGACAAAACCCACAGGAAUUGAUGACUCUUCAUCCCAGAGACCCUAACCUUGGUCCAGGGAUAGGCAGGUGUUCAAAGGUUAACCCACAUCCUUCCUUUACUAUAGAUCCAAACAAGGGGAAGAGGGGCAGACAAGGGGAUAGGCGCCCACCCAAUCGCAAUUUGCCCUUCAUAAAUGUUAUCCCGCAGUCUUCUUGUUUACUGUUCCAUCCUUGGUCCCAGGAUGGGUGAAGGUUAAUCCUCAUCUUUGUCUGAAGCAAAGACAAACAAAUCCACAACUUUAUCUUAAGCAAAUACAAAUAACAAAAAGAGGAGGUAAUCCUCUACUGCAAUUCCCCCUAUUUGUUCUGCAACAGUGAUCUGUGCAGGGCCAAAGUCCGGUCAAUUUUGCCCAAGCUGGACAAAAGAGUUGGAACAGACGGGGAAGAAGGACCGCUAAGAUAACUAUGAACAGUGUGAAAGUCAAUAUGGUUAUACUCAUUUGAGCUAAAGGAGACAGCCAGCUUUGGCCUGACUUAAUCCAAUUGUAUAACCAAUCAGCGAUAUGUUCGGGGCGAAGGUCCUCAGCUAAAGACUUGUCCAUCUCAUCAAUGAUACGGUUCAGUUGUUGGAUGUCCUCUGAGAUGUUACUCUUUAACCAAAGACCUUGUAAAUCAUUUCUAAUUUCUUCGAAUGCAUCCGACGUGUUAGCUUUAACAGGAAGGAGGCAAAAGGCUGAAUAGCGAUAAUCACCCCUUAAUUUACCCUUGAUAGCUAAAAUUUCUACUUGACUGGUUAACAACGAUACCUCUUUAGAUAUUUGUUGUAAAGCAUAAAAACCCUGUAUUAAUAUCCUGCUGUGAGUGCAAAGCCUGGGCUACGUUCUGCGCCAGCCCGUGUAAGUAUGCCGCGUCAUGUUCCAGGGUCGGUACAUGAGCUACACUUUGUGCUAGAGAUACACUACUGACCGUUGUGGCUGUUAUGGCGGCUAUCAGGGCUACAAUUCCUAAAACUAAGCAAGAAGUGCGUCUUCUCUUCCUGGGCUGAUUAGUUGAGACAGUUUCUCCAUUGCUCCAUCUGCCGGUGGGUGAUACCAUCCCCCUGAGUGUCUAGCUGGAGUGUCCAAUGUAGGAGUUCUAGUCACUGGUGUUUGGACGUUCCCAGUAUUAGUGACAGUCACACAGGGAGACACGCUCUCUUUAUCCAACGCCAGGGCUGUCUGUCCGUAGUCAGUCAACGUCUGGGUGACGUAGCAGAGCGUCACCGAUUAGCUCCGGGCGUCACCCACACAUGUGAGCCUCUAAAACAGUCACGAAAUGUAUAAGAGUCCAGUUUCUGUCCAAUCCGCCUUGUGUCGUCGUGCCAAGACUCCCAGGUCAUGUUUGUCCAAUGAAUACGUGACGCCCUCUUAGAUCUGCACGACAGCGAGGGCGGAAACAUAUUAACGGUGUCUCCUUGUUCACAUCCCAUCACAGAAGGACAAACAGGUCUUUGUGGUCCCCAAGUACUAUCACAAGGUUCCCGCAGCCAACCUAGACAUUGCCGUUGGUCGUGACCUUCCUAUUUUACCCCUUUGUCUACACGACAAGGUCCUGUCCAGAAGGAGUCUGACAGGUCAGGAUGGCCAUAGUAAGGCGCCUGCAGUGAUCUGAGGGGCAGGCAGGCAAGAUGGUCUCGUGCGAGGCCCACUGGGGCGCCCCAACCAGUCCAGUCCAGUUGAAAGACACAAACCAGUUGUUGGCCUAUUGCUGUCCUUAGCUUGUCUCUCCCAAUGGUAAAUGCCAGGAAUAUCAGUUAGUUUGUGUAUAGAAGACGACUCCCAGUAAAGCGUGUCCCACGCCGACAGACUCUACCCAAGGGGGUUGUUCCCCAAAGACCGUCUCUUUACUCCAGGAGCUGCACUUUUGUUCUGGAACAGAAGCAGAAGAGGCAGCAUCUCAUGGAGACGUGGUCGAGGCUCCUUGCGAGGCUUCCUGCAUCCUCUCCUUGUCCUUCUCUUUGGGGUCCAUUUCUCGAACUCGGCGGGAGGGAGCCGAACUCUGUCUUCACCUGUGGAGACACCAACACAGCCAGCCUGCAGGACCCCUGGGUGGGGGCCUUGCCAGGAUUGAUCAUCGUCUUUCCACAUGACAGAUUGUUGUUCUGGGGCAGGCAGGGAGCCCGGGAGUGGCGGUGCCUGAAUUCUGUUCCUAGGAAAAUGCAGAGAAACAUUUUCCAGCCCUGGAUGUUAUUGGAAGCAAAGAUCAGAUUAUGGAUAGUAUGUACAGCUAUUGCCAAUCGUCGAUGCGGGGUGCUGUCUCCCCCUUUUUGUUUAAAAGGAAUGUUUUUAGUGUUUGAUUACUGCGCUCCGCAGUAGCUUGUCCUUGUGGAUUGUACGGAUACCUGUGAGGUGAAUAGCCCAAGUGUGGAAGUAUCAGCAGGUCCAUUCUCUGUUUUAAUGUUCUGGGGGGACCGGCCAUGUCAAAAGUCAUUAAGCAGUGAUUGAUAACAUGAGAAGUUCUUUCUCCCAUCAAGCAGGAAGCCCAUAAAAAUCCUGGAAAAGUAUCCACAGUGACGUGGAUAUAUUGACGUCGUCCAGAGGACCGUUCAUGGGUCACAUCCAUUUGUACUAUUAAGCCUCUGGGAUUCACAGCAAUAUGCAUUGGGGGGUGGUUUGGAACACAAUGAGGACACUUUUAUUUAGAGUAAAGGCUCCUGAAGUAACCAAAAGGCUGGCACAACAGCUGUUGCCUAUAGCUGAGCCCCUCGAGAGAGAGAGUGCAGGACGUGUUUUGUGAAUCUUUCCUGCGAUGGCUAAAUGGUAUUUUUGCCAGGUAAUUUCCAACUGACUGUCGCACCUGCUUAUUUGGGAUUCACCUUCAGCCGCAAUAAGAAUAUCAUCCAUAUAGUGGACGAUGUGCAGAGCAGGAAAGUGCAGCCUUACAGAAUGGAGGGCCGAAGCCACAUAUUGUUGGCUGAAUAAUCUCAUCAUUCUGGACAUGGAACGUUUGCACUAAGAUUCCACAGCUUCAAACAAGCUACUUGGUCAGACGGGGCUGGCAACGUGUGUUUGUUUGAGCCUCUUAAAACCUCCGAAUCUACAAUUAAAAUACACUCCUCUUAAGUCCUAUCACACAGUGGUUGUCACCUCUUUGAGGUCCCUAUUUCAGUCCCCAAGUAUCAGUGUGGAACUUCUUUCUCCUUCCUGUGUGCAAGGAAGGGGUUCAUAGCUUCUGAGCAACUUAUCCUAAGGCUCCUUGGCUCAAUUACGUUUUAUUACUUAACAGCCUUGGCCCAUCCUUCUUUAACCAGUGAGCUCACUACAAUUUAAAAGUUUGAAUGCAUCAAACCCUCUUCAUAAUAAUUUACUCUCAGUGGAUUUUAGUUUGAACCCCACAACUUCCAAAUAACUUUAAGUCCUUUAGCAUGUUUCAGUGUCACCAAACUGAAGUGCAAAGCAUUUACCUGCACUUCUCUCAAACCUGUCUAAAGUAGAACAGAACCUCCAGUUUAGUCUUCUUGUAGCUCAAAACAUUAUCACACACCUGAUUAAUUCCAUCAACAUUAUUCCAACUAUAUCAGUUAGUAUCUCUAUUCAUUACUCUUAUUGCAGUGGAGCACUUCAUAGAACGAAUCCAGACACCCCCAGAUUCAAUUAUAAGCUUAUAUAGAUGGGCUAUAAGACAUCAAGUUACUGCCCUUCCCAUACAGGUUCUUCUUUGGCAAUCAAACAGACCUUAUCACAGACAUAGCUGUGUGAGGUCAGAGAUCCUUAGUUUGUCCUCGGAGGCUGGUUUCUUCCACAUGUACUUAAUCACUUCCCUAGUUAGCUGCAUGUUUCCUGGCAUUCCAGCCGGACCGCUUUGAUAUUCCUGAAGUUCCUUUUGUUACCUGACCCUCCUAAUUCUUAUCCUUCAGCUAAUUAGAGUCUUUUUUGCAGCCUGCAAAAACUGUUUGACCUCCUGAGGGGGAGGGGGCUGGGUCUGUUUCCUAAAAAAAACUUAGGAAGGGAUAGAUCUCCUUUAUCUACUUCAAUUAAUUAUUUUCUCUUAUUGGGACUACUUCAUUAUUUCUUCUGGCUUCCCUUCUUUACCAUUAUUGUAAGUAGAGGAAAGGCACUAUAUGGAAUUGUAUUCAGUCUUCAUGACGAGCCCUCUCGAUUUCAGGGCUGGUUAAAUUGGUCUUGUUAAGGACAUGCAGUUUGCAUAUCAUACCCUUAACCUAUUUAGGUGGAAAACUGAAUUCUCUUCAUAAUACAAAUGCAGACAUAUUCUGUAUUCACUCAGCAUCACUAACUUCCAGCAUUUGGUAUCCGAAUACAUACAUGUUCAUCUCUAGAUUACAAAUUCCUUCCUAUGCAUUUUUCACAUUUAAAAACAAUUCAUAUAACCUUGAUCAAAAACAUCAUUUAGAAAUUCUCUCUUGCAAAAUACCAAAUUCUUAGUACUUGUAUUACUAAAUCCCCUGCAAAGAUUAAUCACUUAAACUUCUUGUGUGUCAUAUGAUUUCUUGUUGCUACUCCUGACAGCACAUGCAUGAAAAUAAAUCUGAUUUGAAAAAAUCCCAAAUUUAAAUUCUAGAAUAGCUUCUUCUCAACAACAGGAUGACUUUUAUAUCUAUAAAGUAGCCGGUGCAAUUUUUUGUCCUUAUAGAAUAAAAUAUUCCCUCUCUGUGUCCGGCUGGCUAUCAGCCACAUUAGACAAUUCUCAAAUUCACUGAAACCAUUAUGCAUAGCAAUAUUUAAUAAAACAAACUUCUAACCAGGAGUUUUGUUGUGCUCAAUAAAAUCUGAUUCAUAUUUCACAUUUAACUGACAAAUAGUUGCACAAAAUUAAAUUUAGAUCAUAUCAAAAUCAUUAACAAUACUCCCAAAUUGCUUACAUCAAACCAUAGGAUUAAUCUUAAGUGAAAAAUAGCCUCUAAUUGUGGAGUAAAAAUCUCCCAUUUCUGCUCUGAAUUUUUCUCUUUUUUGCUCCUUUGGGGGCCCAUCCAAAGGAAGAAAGAAGAAAAAAUCAUUGAACAGGUAUUUGCUUUUGUCCUCUGCUGAGGGUUUUUGACAGACAAGUUCAAUCUUGCAACUCUCCCAUUUUAUAUUCUUUCUUUUUGUGAGUGUCCAAUUCAAGAAUACACAGAGAUGAGAUUGUGACAAAGACAACCAAAAACAGAAACACACAACAUUGUGACAAGCAUGCUUUGAAAGGAAAAAAAUCAGUGUUUUAGGAUCCAUUCUAAAGAAAAAUUAUAAUUUCCCUCUCACCCUUAGAGUAUCUCGUAUACUGACCACCGAGGGGAUCUCCAUACUGUCAAAACUUUGCAUGACCAGCACACAGCAUCGGGGGUUCUCCAAAGAGAACUGAAGGAAGGGUUCCAAGAAAAGAAAAGAAUGGGGGGAAGGGGGUCCUAAUAGGGGGCAGUUUAAACUAAAAAGCGAAAGAGAGAGAAAAAGUUGGGGAAUAGAGGAGGCCCACAAAUACUGCACUCUCUCUGUUCGAUUCUUCUGCCCAUCCGAGCUGCAGUCUCGGGGCAAAAGCUGUUAACUCUUCGUCAUCCUUUGACCAGCAAAGGAAUCAGGGUUACCAAUGAAAGUCCCUGUCCGGGCGCCAUUUGUGAGACUCUGUGGCUUACAAGACUCAUCCACAGGGUCGGCCAGUCCUGUGACAUCCUGCUUGGGGUAACGAAAAAUGAAGAGUAACAAAAGAAGAGAUGGACACUAUAUGAAAAGAGAGAAAUAGUGCCAACUUUAUUUGCUUCACCCAGAACUUUUAUAGGCAAAGACUACUUAGACAAAACCCACAGGAAUUGAUGACUCUUCAUCCCAGAGACCCUAACCUUGGUCCAGGGAUAGGCAGGUGUUCAAAGGUUAACCCACAUCCUUUGUUUAUUACAGAUCCAAACAAGGGGAAGAGGGACAGACGAGGGGAUAGGCGCCCACCUAAGCGCAAUUUGCCCUUCAUAAAUGUUAUCCUGCAUCCUUCAUGUUUACUGUUCCAUCCUUGGUCCCAGGAUGGGUAAAGGUUAAUCCUCAUCUUUGUCUGAAGCAAAGACAAAUAAAGAAAAGAGGAGGUAAUCCUCGACUACAGGUAUUGUCUUUCAUACAAGUACAUUUGUGUGGAUAUUGCAUUAGACGUGCCUAUAGGGCAGUGAUGGUUUUUCCGGCUCAUUGGCUGCUUUUCCUGUUGUCUGGCAUCGGUGCCAUGUUGUGGAUGGUGCCAGGCACGUCUGCAUUGACUUUCUGGGCAGCCUGUCUUUCAGCUGGAUCAUUUCAGUUUUCCUCCAUGGACUUCUGGUAUCUGAGAAAAUAAACAGAAAUCUCGACCCCAAAAGAAAGCCUUAUUGGGUCUUGUUCAAUUACAAAGUGGCUGAAAAUAUCUCCUUUGUGUGUUUGGAGGUUGGGGCUUAUCCAUUCCUUUGAGCCCUUUUGAAAUUGCUUGCAUUCAGCCCAUGGAUUGCUGUUACAAGCACUGUUACUCCACAAUUGUUUUGGAAUAGUUAGAUCUGCCCAAUUAUUUAAGAGAUCUGUAAUAACUUUGCAUACUUUAGCAUUUUGAGCUUAAUCCCAUACAUCAGGAGAGUGAUUAUCUCCCAUCACUUGUCAGCUUUCCAAUUUGUUACCACAGGGGCAUGUAGUAAUGCCUCCCUCAGUCCACAAUGUCCAGUUCGGACACCUGUCUGAAGUGCACGAGUGACAUGAUAACAUUCACAGGAUUUUGCACUGGUAGCUAAUUUCACUUGUGUGCAUAAAAUAUUGAGGAAUAAUGGACUUGGCACUCUGAUGCGUCAGAGAGUGCAAGUGAUCUGUGCCUGCUAAAAAGCCGUGGCCUCCAGGCCUUUUGCCUUUGAUAAUGAUUCCACCUUGGCUUUGCAAUGAGGCCUGCGUAGAUGUUUAAUAUUCACGUUUUAAGCCAAUAAUCAUAAAAGCCUUAUACCAUAAAUCACAUUUGAUUUUACCAGCUUGUGCUGUGAUCUUAAGCAGUAGCCUAUCUGCAUGUAACUUUUGCUUUUGUAUAAACUUAUACUGUGCAUGCAUCAAUAUCUGCCGUACCCUAAAUACAUGCAGUAAAUGGAAGCACAGCAAUUGCAGUGACGUUAUUAUUUUUAAACUAUCAAAUUUAAAUUCAUGACUGAAGAGAUUUUGAUAAUAUGAAUGGAAUUAUCAAUUUGACCUAUGAGUUUUACAAAGUUCUGUUGCCAAAAUGGACCACGUUGCGCAAGUAAUAUUUGAGCUUGUAUACUAGUAAUUGCUUUUAGACUGCAAUCAUGCUCAGGAUCGAUAUAUGCAAUUUGAAUAAGUGGUAGUGUCGCCGAUUCUAAACCACAAAUAAGGCACUGUUGCUGGUUAACAAAUUAAUUCUUAACCUUCAUAAUUUACUGCUGUUUAACAAUUUGAAUCCUCCCAGCACUGUUUUUACUUUGAUGCCUUGCAAUGUUGAGAAUGUGUCUCAUAUUUAGAAUUGAUGGUAUAUUCUUUUGAGAUUGAAUGAUUCUAAAUAAUUUGCCUUUUGGUUAAAGUUGCAAUAAUGUGGCUUACAUACAGUUUUGAACUUCAUUCAGGUUUUUAAAUAUUGGCUGCUAGGUUUUAUCCUUGCUGACCUUAUGUCCAGUUUGAAAAUGUAAUGAUACCAACAUAUUUAAAAUUUGAAUCUAUUAGAAAUUUCUCUAAAGCAUAUGCCAAUUGAUGCUAGGCAGUUAAAAAUGGCACUGGUUGUUAAUUUUGCUUUUGAUAGUAUUCAAUACUUGUCAUAAAAACUUGUAACCUGAGGUGUGGGAGUAUUGCCCUCUAUAUGGCAGGAUCAAUUGAUCAAACUGCUGGAUGAAAUUUCCUUUCCAGAUCCAAAUACUUGUGGCAGUGAGUCACAUGGUUGCAAGAGUCCAUGUGGAUUUACCUCUAAAAGCCUUGGAAAAAUACUGUUUAUACCUUGGUAUUUAACCUACACUUGUACUAUAAUUCAUUUUAAAAUAUGAUUACAGAUAAAAUAUCUCUUGUAGAAUGUGACAAAAUCCAGAUAAAGAUUUUUAACUGUAAAACUUUUCCGAUCAAGAAAUAUAAUCGGACAUUCCUAUAUAAAUUUGCCAUGUCUAAUCCCAAUUAAGACAAUUUAAUUUUUAAACUUUGCUUCAUGGUAAUACCAUGUCUUAGCAAAGAUCUGUAUGAAAAACAUAUCAGGUUUAUACAUUUAUGCUUAAACAAUAGUCCUCCUGCAUUCUCUGGUGCUGCUUCACAAGGCCUGUUCCUUUUCGAUAUGCUAAACUGGUGGAGACGUUUGCUGAUAAAAAAAAAAAAGCCUUUUGCUCUGGUUGUUUUCUUGAGAGCAAAAUGUCCAUUUGCUUCCUCGUCGGGGCACACACGUGCUCUGCCUUUUAAACUGGUCUUCCUUUAGGUGCUUCAGGAAUCGUUUUCCUGCUUUGAUCUUGUGGUCCUCAUGGGAGGGAUCGUCUCCUCCCAGCACUCUCACCUUCCGCCAGUAGCCCAACGUGAUGAAGGGUUUGCUCUCAGUUUAAGCGUUGCUCAUUAAGCUUUCCCCAUUCACCUGUGCCGGGUAACGUCUGGUAGAUGACAGUGUUAUGGCAGAGUUAUGACUUUUGGCUUUUUUCUUGCCUCACUUCUGCGAUAAGCAAAGUUUAAGUAAAGAAAUUUCUUAUUUAAUUGAUGAGAAGGGUUUGGUUCUAGGACUUGUCGGUGUUGGUCUUCUCUAGCCCGCGUGCUUUAGCCAGAAGCUCGAUACUCUGCUUGGCUGUCUACAGGAGGCGGGAUGUCAAUGGCCAGAGGCUAUCGGAGUCAUUGCUAAGUGUUGUAGGAGAAGCGUUUCUACCUGCUUGUUUCUGUACAGUUAAAUGGUCCUGACAGCACCUGAAGCAGGGGUGAGGCAGAGGUUGGCGUUGGAUAUUCCUGUCUGUUUCUGCAGCAACAGACGGGGAGAGCGAGGACAGAUCAGUGGGCUGAAGGGAGGGAGUUAAGUGUAUUGUUAGUGUCGUUAGUGAAGGGAAGGGCAAGAGAGAGACAAGUCAGUCCUCCUUGUUUAAUGCAGCACUUUAGUCAGAACCCACGUGCUCUUCGCAGCAGGAAAUACUGUCCUUAAUUUCCGCUAAAGGGCUUUGAUCCGCUCUGCAAUGCUGCGAGCUUCCCAUAGUUUUGCAUGCUGCAGCACAAUCUAGAAAUCCUGCUUCUCCUUUGCAGGGGGCUCUCUGUGGCCUCCUUGUUGCCCUUUUGGCUUGCAGAGUUCUGCGGGGGAGGGGCGGCACAAGACCAGAAGCCCUAAAGGCUGAAGGUGGCCGGAGAAGGCUGAAAGCUUCCGAGGAAGGCACGUCCUCUUGCGUUUGGAAAGAUCCUUCUACCUUAUGAUCGGGAUGCUGACAUGGCUUCGCGUGGAACACCCUUUGCCUCAUCUCCCACGUUUUAAAAGGUAGAGGAGGGAGCAGUGAGCCAAAAGCAUUGAACGUCAUGGCUUCUGCGCUUCUUAGAAUGGAAUCCUCCAUAGUGGAAAGAUUAGGAGAAAGCUUUAGACUUGCCCAUGGCGCCCUCUCGGCCAUCUGCCCUAAGAGAUGGGUUCGAGCAGAGGCUUCUUCCUCCCCAGGUGGAGGCACCUUCGGCACUCUGGGAAUUCGGGUCAGACUGAGGCUUGGCUUUCCUGUGACACCUGAAGUCUGCACAGGUUGUGCCCUCGAGGCCAUCCUUGCAGUGUCCCAGCUGACCUGCGAUACUUUCUGUCCUUCUUUCUGACACGGCCUCGUUUUGUCACCCAUCAGAUCUCAGAGCUGCACAUUGGGAGCUCCCCUUGCUGGGAAUUCAGGCUUCCCUUCAGUGCCCGCUUAAGCAGUGCUUCAGAGACCUCAAUGCCUUUCUGUUCAGUCAGAGACAGUAACCGUCUGAGGGGACGAGUAUGUGAGGAGGCUCACAGACCCGCAGCUCUAGAUAAUUUCUUAGAUAGGAAAUGGAAAUAAAAGUCGUCUCUCACCGUCAGAGGCCACCUGCAAGGUCACGCCUGUGUGACUCCGUACCUCAGUGAUCGCUCCUCCAGUUGCACGUGCUCGAAUGCCUCGAAUGUGACAAAGGAAUUUCGCUCCCAAAUCCGGGGUGCCAAGUGUGGGGUGUCACUUAAUGGACUUCCCUGACCAGCAGGGUCCCACAAGGGAAGGGGCUCCCCUUUGUGAUGGGACCGAGGAGAGGUAGGAACCGAGAACCAGGGUGGAAAUGAAAGACAAGGACAAGUCAGUGGUAGGAUAGGGCAGGCGACCCCUAUGAUACUCCCUUGGUAGGAGAGUGUGAGUACAAAGGAUGGAGGAGGAGAUUAAGGUGGGAAAUGCAGGCCGAGAUGGUUACCGCCUCGGGGAAGGAGAAGGAGAAGGUCAAGAAGAGAGAGACAUAGUCAUAGAGGAGCCCAGUGGAGCUCCAUGGAAGGGAGAAAGGCCAAGAGGAAGUUCAUGGGAUUGCCUCUGAAUUUAUUCAUGUCCUGCUUGGGCGGUACUCCCAAGGACGUAGUAACCACAUCACAAAGUAUAGACAAUUAAGAUUGGGUGGCAAGGCAGAGGGAACACCUUUGGGCGUGUAGGACGCAACCGCACUUUCCCGGGCAAGUCUCCGAACAUGUUAAUGGACUUGUGUUGGGCAAUAGGUCUCGUGAUCAGGUCAAGGUUACCUUCACAAAGCUUAUCGGUAAAGCCUCAUGCUUGGAGACACAGUAGUAAUACAGUCAUCUAUAUUUCAUAGAUGUGAAUAUGCUUGGGAUGCUACAUAUACUAUUCUGUGUUCGCCUAAUUUUCUUAUAGUUUCCUUCUUUAUGUUCAGGUCAUUCACCCAUUCUGAGGUUAUCUUGGUGUAGGGUGUGAGAUGUUGAUCAAACCUAGUCUCUCCCAUACUGUCUUCCAGUUUUCCCAGCAGUUUUUAUCAAAUAGUGGAUUUUUGUCCCCAUAGCUGGGGUCUUUGGGUUUGUCAUAGACUGUCUUGCUGAGGUCAUUUACGCCAAAUCUAUUCCACUGAUCCUCCUUUCUGUCUCUUAGCCAGUACCAAAUUGUUUUGAUGACUGCUGCUUUGUAAUAUAGUUUGAGGUCUGGGACUGCAAGUCCUCCUUCCUUUGCAUUUUUUUUUUCAUGAUUUCCCUGGAUAUCCUUGAUCCUUUGUUCUUCCAAAUGAACUUAGUUAUGUUUUUUUCUAGUUCAGUAAAAAAGUUUUUUGGUAGUUCAAUGGGUAUGGCACUAAAUAAGUAGAUUAAUUUGUGUAGGAUUGUCAUUUUUACUAUGUUAGCUCGUCCCACCCACGAGCAAUCAAUGUUUUUCCAAUUGUUUAGAUCUAGUUUUAAUUGUGUAGAGAGUGUUUUGUAGUUGUGUUCAUAUAGUUCCUGGGUUUGUCUCGGCAGAUAGAUUCCUCAGUAUUUUAUAUUGUCUAGGGUGACUUUAAAUGGAAUUUCUCUUUCUAGUUCUUGCUGUCGGGAUGUGUUGGAGAUACAUAGUAGACUCUUUUUUAAAGUUAAAUUCUUAUGAGUUGUUCCACGCUUGAUAAGUUAUUUCUUCUCCCAACAGUUGCCUGUAGAGUCCUUUAGGUGGCCCCUUUGUACCAUUUUGUUGUGGAGCCAGUUUGAUGUGAUUAAGCCAAUGUAUAGUACUUAAAUCCCAGCCUCAUUGUGGUUCCAUUCACUUUGGCUGAGUAAUAUACAAAGAGGAGGCUUGGACCCAGAAUCAUAAGCAGGGAAGAGUCUGUGUAAUUGUGCUCACACAGUGACAUCACUUGGAAUACAAAUUGGACUUUUGUUGUAUUCUCACACUAAUUUUAUUUAAGCAAUUAAUGGAGAGAUUUUGGAGUCUUCCACAUUGUGUGGAGUUAGAUGCCUCCCCAUCCAAAUGCUGUACUCACAACUUGAAUAAAAUAUUGAAACCUCUAACAAAAAGAUAAACAUCAAGAUUUAGGAUUGUAGGAUAAGAAUUAACUGUUUGGUAAAAAUUGUUGUCAAAACUAGAAAGCCAUCUUGCAGAAACUAAGUACAGACUAAUAUCUUAUACUGUUUACCAAAUUAAGGUCAAAAUGAAUAUGUGACCUAGACAUAAAGGGAGAUAUCAUAAGCAGAAUUUAAAAAAUGGAACCUAGUUUAUCUACAAGAUUUAUGAAUAGAAUUUAUGAAUAAAUAAAAGUUCUAGAACUUUGUAAGGCAUAAAAUGAAUAAUUUAAUUACGUUACAUUAAAAAGGUUUUGUACAAAUAAAACCAAUGUAGUCAAGGUUAGAAGGCAAACAAAAAAACUGGGCGGAAAGAUUAUUUGACAGUAAAUAUUUCAUAUCUCAAACAUAGAGAGAAGUCUGUAAAGUCUUUAAUAAUGUUAAUUAUCCCCCAAUUGAUAAAUAAUCAAAGGAUAUAACAGGAUGUUUUUGGAAGAAUAAACCAAAGAUAUAUAUAUAUAUAUAUGCAGUUAUAUGAAAAAUGCUUUAAAUUAUUGAUUAGGGAAACAAAUUAAAGUAACUUUAAAAUUUCAUUUUAUACUUAUUAGAUUGGCUAAAGUGAUAGAUGAGGAAAACGACAAAUGUUGGAAAGGAUAUGGAAAAAUGGAGCCACUAAUACAUUGCUGGUGGAAUUGUGAAUGGAUCCAACAAUUCGGAUAGCAAUCUGGAAUUAAUAAAGACUUAUAAUAUUGGGUAUACCCUUUGACCCAGAAAGACCACUAUUAGGUCCAUUUCCCAAGGUGAUUAGGGGAAAAGGGAAAAGAAGACCUUUAUGUUCUAAAAUAUAGCACUUUUCUUUCUGGUGGCAAAGAACUGAAAAUUGAGAGGGUGCCCAUCAAUUAAGGAAUGACUGAAUAAGUUGUGGUAAAUGAUUGUGAUGGAAUCCUGCUUUGCCAUAAGAAAUGAUGAGCAGAUUGAUUAUUUUAAUUUACCUUUAUGGCCCCCAAAUUAUAUGUAAAAAGUUUCCAACAUUUUUCAAAGAGUAUUGUGAAAAUGGAUGAACUCCACCCUACUUAUUCUUUAGAUUUUUAGCCACCAGGAAGGCAUACUUAAUGAUUAAGUGUCGGGGAGGAAGGUCUAUGACCCAUGUGUUCUAGCAAGUGACCAAUCAGAAACAACUGACUGCCUCUUGGUUUAAGCUGGCAUUGGUGGACCAUAGGCACAGGAAGGGACACAAAGAACUGCCUUUAAAUUUGGUGAUCACUUCCUACAAGGAGGUAUUCACCUUUUAACUUGGCCUUGGAGGAGCUAGGAUUGGAGAUCUCAGACUGCUUGCCUUUGGACUGACAUGUGGUGAGUGAAAAGGCUGACUCCCUUUCCUUGGCUUUCUGGAGACACCAGCCUCUGGAGAGGCCCCUCAUCUGUGGCUGAAAGCCUAUUUAAACUAAUCCUCUGCCCCCCUUGCUAGGGCCUCUGAAUCUCUGCCUGGUUCAGACCAGACCAGAGCUCACUGGCUCUCUCUGUCUCUUAUCUCUCUCUCUGUCUCUUUGUCUCUCUCUGUUUCUUUGUCUCUCUGUCUCUGUCUCUCCCUCUCUCUCUCAUCUUUCUCUGUGUCUCUCUCUCUGUCUCUUUGUCUCUCUGUCUGUCUCUCCCUGUCUCUGUCUCUCCCGCUUCUCUCUGUCUGUCUCUCUCUGUGUCUCUGUCUCUCUCUAAUUCUCCUUACUUUCUUUCUCUCUACUUGUAAAUAAACUACCAUAAAAGCCAUUCUGACUUGAGUAAUUCAUUGUAACUUAGUAAUUAAAUUCCUGGUGACCAAACUCUCAAAUAUUCAGUCCAACCAUAACUUUUACUGUUACAGUAUUUAGAAUCAAAACUGUGUAAAAGGGAAUCCUUUAUUCUCUUUGCCUACUUGGAGCUAACACUUUGGUUAACAAUAACCUAUAUACUCCUACAUAGUACCUUACAAGUAUGUAGAGGGAAUUUCAUCCCUCCCCCUCUUAGAUUGCCAACUCAAUUUAUCACAAUUUUCAGA